UUAAUAUUACGGGAGGUGUAUUUCAUAAAUUAUGUACCUACAUGCAUAACCAUGUAUAACAAAUAGAUAGAUUUAGAAAUUUCAUUAACUAGUAGCAUAUCAUAUUGUUUUGGUCACGAGGAAUACUCUGGGAAAUUGAUUAAUUAAAUAGGGAAAGUAUAGCAGAAGGAGUAAUUUUAGGUACCCUAGAAUAAUUUGUAUAAAUGAACCGAAGUUGUUCCAAUUUUUUUACCAAAUCCCAUCAAGUCACCUAAACAUAUUCAAAAUGACUGCAAUAAGUACCGAAUUGCCAGUUCACACCCGUCCCGAGAAAGACAAGAAGCCCACUACGCUGCAUUGGACAACCUUGGUAACUGCUUUUGCAUUCGUAGAUGUCGAGAUUCUUUUACUAGUAUUUCUUUUCAGAAAUACUAAUACGGAAUGUAAAUUUCUUAUCAGAGAUGGCAAGCCACUUACGCAAGAAUGCAAGGAUAUGGGAACAGCAGAGCAAAAGGCUAUGGCUGUACUUUUCCUAGUCAUUCUUAAUCUUUUUGGAAUCAUUUGGAGUUGUACUCAGGUCUUCGGACCGAAGUUUAACUGGGAUGAUGAUAAAACUUUUGCAUAUUGUGUUGGGUAUUGGGUCUUGUUAAUUUCAUCAAUUCUUAUAUUCAUUUUCCAGUGUUUAGCCAUGUGUAAAUUGGCUACUUGAUUAUUUUGCUAGUUUAACUUAAUAAAACAUUUCUAACCAUAGUAGUUUCAUUGUAGAGACUCUUGCAAUUUAAACCAUGGAAAGUUACUUGUAUUUAAAGCUUGUAAUAACAAAAUUACUUGAGUUAUAUUAAAGUACAAUACUUUCCAUUGAUUACCGGACUUAAUGAAAUCUGUCUUAUUACUGGAGCUCACCAGAUUCUCUCUCAGGGAAUGCUGCAAAAAAAAGCCAUUUUUCCUUUUUUAUUUUUUCAUGCGAAAAAAGGACGAACAUUUAGUAAUAUAAGGGGUGGAUCAAUAUGAAACUCUAGGAAAGAAUUUAGUGAAUAGAAAAUAUGAUC